AGACCCCCGCAGAGGACCCCCGCCCGGCGGCCGAGCCCCCGCGGCCCGCCCCUCGCCGCUCCCUCUGGCUGUGCGCGCCCGGUCGCUGGCCGAGGUGCUGGCCGGGCCGGCGCUGGCCGCGGUGCUGAAGCUGCCGGCGCUACCGCCGCCGCCGCCUUCUCCAGGCCCCGCGCCGCUACCUCUGGGGGCAUGGGGGGUCGCUGACUGAAGCUCCGCCGCGGCGGCGGGGGGGGAGGGGAAGGGGGCCGCGGAGCCGGGCCAGCCCUGCACCCACUCGCAGCCUCCGGGCCCGGGACGGAGCCGCUCCCCCCCUCCCCGCCCCCCCAGCCUCCUCCCCCGCCUGUCCAGGGGCGGCACUGCGGGCUGGGAAGCCGGGACCAGAGGAGGAAAGGAAGGAAGGAAGGAAGAGAAGAGAGAAGAGAAGAGCAGUGAAGAAUAGAAGAAGAGAAGGAAGGAAGGAGAAAAAGAGGGGUCCGGAGCAGCAGAGGAGGAAACGCAGGACGGGCAGGCAGGAGAGAGGACGGCACCGCGCGGCAGCAUCCAGAGGCCAGAGUGGGGACCCGUGCUGCCUCAGCCGCUCCUCGGAUGGUGACGGGGCCCCGCCGCGGCCGCAGCCCCCCCGCGUCCCGGCUCCGCAGGCCCGCAGCGCCGGAGCCCCGCAGGAAUCAUGCCCAGAUCCUUCCUGGUCAAGAAGGUCAAACUUGACACAUUCUCCUCGGCAGACCUCGAGAGCUCCUACGGGCGCGCCCGGAGCGACCUCGGCGUGCGACUGCAGGAGAAAGGAUACCUCAACGACUACGCGGGGCCCGCCUCCGUCUACGAUGGCGAUGCCGAGGCGGCCUUGCUCAAAGGGCCAUCCCCGGAGCCCAUGUACGCUGCGGCCGUGCGGGGAGAGCUGGGCCCGGCGGCCGCGGGCUCGGCGCCGCCGCCCACCCCGCGCCCGGAGCUGGCCACAGCCGCUGGUGGCUACAUCAACGGCGACGCGGCGGUCAGCGAGGGCUACGCAGCUGACGCCUUCUUCAUCACCGACGGGCGCUCCCGUCGUAAGGCAGCCAACGCCAGCGCCGCCGCCGCCCCCUCCGCAGCCUCGGCGCCGGCCCCCGACAGCGACGGCGGAGGCGGGGUCGGGGCGGGCACGCGCGGUGCGGGGUCGGGGGCUGGGGGUCGGGGCGGCGCGCGCGCGGGUGCGGGCACCGAGGCCCGCGCGGGGCCUGGGGCCGGCAGCUCAGGAGGCCGGCACGCGUGCGGCGAGUGCGGCAAAACGUAUGCCACGUCGUCUAACCUGAGCCGCCACAAGCAGACGCACCGCAGCCUGGACAGCCAGCUGGCGCGGCGCUGCCCGACGUGCGGCAAGGUGUACGUGUCCAUGCCGGCCAUGGCCAUGCACCUGCUCACGCACGACCUGCGCCACAAGUGCGGCGUGUGCGGCAAGGCCUUCUCGCGGCCCUGGCUGCUGCAGGGCCACAUGCGUUCCCACACCGGCGAGAAGCCCUUCGGCUGCGCGCACUGCGGCAAGGCCUUCGCCGACCGCUCCAACCUGCGCGCGCACAUGCAGACGCACUCCGCCUUCAAGCACUUCCAGUGCAAGCGCUGCAAGAAGAGCUUCGCGCUCAAGUCCUAUCUCAACAAGCACUACGAGUCGGCCUGCUUCAAGGGCGCCGCCGCCGGCGGUCCCCCGGCCCCUGCGCCCACCGCGCCGCCGCAGCUUAGCCCUGUGCAGGCCUAGGGCGGCGGUACCUCCGCCAGCCGGGUUGGCUCUCAGCAAUACGGGCCCCCAGGGAGGUCUCCGCCGGCGACCAGGCGGAGGGGCCGGAGGGCGGGCCCCUCCUCACAGCAAUAGGGGGAGGGGGCCCGGCCCCGCCCCGCCCGCCAGGGGCCUUCCCGGCCCCUUCAAGCAAUAGGGUCCCGAGGGGAGACCCACCCCGAGCCCCCUCCCUUCCCCUCCAGGGUGCCCCAGGCUUUUUCCCAGCAAUAGGGUCGAGGAGACCCAGAACCGAACCUCAUCUCCGAGUUAGGUCUCUGAGACCGGGGUGGGGUGAGGUAGGGAGCGCCCCCUCCUCCCUCUUCUGCGCCCCUGGAUCGCGUGGCAGAGACUCAGGUCUUCCCCACCCCUUCCCAAGCCUUCCAGAGCCCGGCCUGCGGCCUAGACGUCGGGGAGCAGCAACUGGGGAGGAGCAGGGUGAGGGGAGCAGAGGCUACCUGCGCCUCCUUCUCGGUGUCCGCUAAGCCCCGGGAGUGUUAGACGCGUGCGGAUCGGGGACUGGGGCGGAGGGCGGCACCUCUCUCCCUUGGGUUCCUUCCGGGGCCUCAGUCCGAGCCGCUUUCCUACCCUUGCCUCGCAUCCUCUGCCAAAUCCGAAUUCUUCCAGCCCAGCUUACCGGGCUCUGUCCUCCAUAACGAAUAAUAAUGACGCAUAUCAAACCGCAUGGACUUAUCCGACCUCCUCAGAUCCCGCUCCCGCCCUGCCCUGGGGCCCCCUCCCUCGUACCCGGGCAUUCGGUGUUGGAGGACGGAUUCCUGGGGCCUGGCAGGCAGGCCUGGGCACGGCCCUCUACACACCUCUCUGUAUUCGCUUUGCGGGUAAAGCCCCCUAGGGGGGUUGCGGAUGCGUCGGGUUUUCUUUCUGUAUUUGUACGUUUUAUUUAUGAACGGAUUGCACUCGGGUCCGGGAAGGGGCGCAGAGGCCCCUAUCCUUCCCGCCGACGCCGGGGGCUUGGGAUGUCCAGGAUCACUUUCCCCGCCCCCGAACCCCGCCCACCUGGGCUCCGCCUCUCGGGAGACGCAGGCCCCGCCUCUCAAAGGCCGGCCCCCUCCCGGAGCCCCAGACCCCGCCCUCACUCUGUUGCCAACUUACACCCGUCUAUGCCAAAGCCUCGGCGGCGACCCCGCCCCAAGGGCCCGCCCCAUUGGCCGCCGCCUUUGUGACGUCACUGCAUGCAGCCCCAGCCCCCCUCCCGUCCCUUCCCGGAGCUGCCCGCUCCCAGUCCCUCUUAGUUAGUCCGAAGCCGACUAUAGAGCAAUAAUGCGCACUGCAUGCGAAGCUGCCGCCGCCUCUAGAGUUACUGAGAAUCAGGUAUCCCCCCGCCCUACCCACCCCAUAGGCCCCUAGAUCAGGGACGCUGCGCGGGGCCGGACGCGCAGACUUUCUCCCCCCUCUCCUGCUCUUCCCUCCCUCCCCUCCCCCCCUCCCACGGCAGAGGCCGGCGGGUGUAAUGGUUUCAGGGGCGGGGCGGGGUGUUUGUCCCCAAGACCCCUCCUUCAGUCGUCCAUCACCCACCCAUACUUCAUUAGGCACCUACUAUGUGCCAGGCCCACUGCUGAGUCCGCCAGGGGUGCGGCGACCUGCGGGAAGGUGCAUGUUGGUGAGGGAUCCAACCGGCUUCGGUGGGCCAGGGAUGGUCACAGGUGCAGAGAGAGCCGCGGUCCCUAGACCCAAGCGUGGGCCCCUCACUCCUCCCCACCCCAGCUGGGGCCAGUGCUAGGCACAGGGGGCUCUGCUUUGACUUGGGCCCGGGUCCUCAGCUCAGGUGGCACAGACCCGGGCCCCAAGGCCCAGUGCCACCAGGGCCACCCAUAUUGAAUCCCAUUCCUUCCAUCCCUUGGCAAUGGCAGCUUGGUCACGUCAGGCCAGGAUCCCAGGUCAGAGGACAAGGUGCAUGCUGGAGCAUUUGACCUGGCCAGCCCUAUCCCUGUGGGUACCAGGCCCAGUGGCUCCCACAGGGGGUGGACCCGGGCCUCAGGGCCCGGCACAGCAGGGCUCAUGUCCAAGACCCCUCCAUCCCAGCUCAGUGUUCACACAGCUCCCAGGCCAGGGCCUGCCCACUUGUGCUGGGCACACCCGCAUGCACAGGCACACACAGGUGCCCCACCCUACCCUACACGCCUAUCUACCUACCUACCUAAGGAGAAGGCCGGAGGGCCGUGGGCCGGCCAGGGUCUCCCGCUUCUCCCCACACCCCGCCGCCGUGGAAAGCCAUGGGCCCCCUCCCGCCCCUGUAACUAAGCAGCACAAUAACCGACUUAGCGAAUUCAGGUAGAAGGAACGUUUAGGUAGCACCUAUUUUGUACUGAUUCUAUAAGUAGGGCCCGAGAUGCGGGGGCCCUCGGGUGGGGGCUGCGGCCGCGGGCCUGCCUUGCCCCCACCCCCGCCUGCACCCCGCCGCCUUGUACAUACUCCCACCCGGAACAGGCCGGGAUUUUUACUCGGGCUGCGCCCCUCUUCCGCCCCCAUUUGGGGCCGGGCCGGCCGGACAGACGGACGGACGGACAGACCUCCUUCCUAAGCACAAUAGCACCAGCUCCCCGGAGCGCCGCACCUCCACGAGGAGAAUAAAUGCCACUCUUGAUAGAA